CCCUCGCCGCCACGGCCGCAGUCACUUCCUGCCCCUGUGCCCAUCCGGCUCCGGGGUCAGCGGCCGCCGCUCUGGCGGGACAGGGGCGAAUAAAGUGGAGUUCGGGGCGGGGGAGGCCGCCCGUCCGCUCCCAGGAGCGAGCCGCCGCAUGUAGAAGGACCGCGGGUCGUGCGCACGGAAAAUGCCUCUGCGGGACAAGUGCUGUCAGACGGAGCACCACCACCACGGCUGCUGCGAGCCAGUGCAUAUAUUGGAACCUGGUGAUCCUCCGUUAUUACAGCAGCCUUUGCAAACAUCAAAAUCUGGUAUUCAGCAAAUCAUCGAGUGUUUUCGAUCAGGAACUAAACAACUUAAGCAUAUCUUGUUGAAAGAUGUGGACACCAUUUUUGAGUGUAAAUUGUGCCGGAGUCUCUUCAGGGGAUUACCAAAUUUAAUUACUCAUAAAAAGUUUUAUUGUCCUCCAAGUCUUCAGAUGGAUGAUAACCUUCCAGAUAUAAAUGAUAAACAGAGUCAAGCCAUAAGUGACCUCCUGGAAGCAAUCUAUCCAAGAGUAGAUAAGCAAGAAUAUAUAGUUAGAUUAGACCCUAUAGAAACAAAUCAGAAUGCUGUAUUUCAGUAUGUGUCAAGGACUGAUAGCCCAGAUGAGAACACAGAAAGUAGUAGUGCUCCUGAUCAAGCUCCAGUACCAAUACAGGAACCUGGCACCGAACCACCCAAGGCUGUUUCAGCUCUGGCUCCAGCUGGGGAGACUGUGGAAUUACCUCCUGCUGAUCCUGUAACAAACAAGGUGACCCCUACUCCUGAAGAACAGCCCCCAGCGGUGACACCUGAGGUGGACUCUUUGGAUAAUUCUGAUUUUGGCCACCAGUUGAUUUGUUGUCUUUGUAGAAAAGAAUUUCAUUCUAGACGCAGUGUACGCCGGCAUAUUAGAAAAGUACACAAAAAAAAGAUGGAAGAGCUGAAGAAGUACAUAGAAACAAAAAAGAAACCAAAUCUGUGCUCUGCAAAAGGCCGAAAUAAGAACGUUCUUGUAGCAUUAGGUAGAAGUUGUCCUGUAUGUUAUAAAUCAUUUGCCACAAAAGCCAACGUAAGAAGGCAUUUUGAUGAAGUCCAUAGAGGAUUAAGAAGGGAUUCCAUUACUCCUGAUAUAGCUACAAAGCCUGGGCAACCUUUGUUCUUGGAUACAGUUUCUGCUAAAAAAUCUUUUAAGACCCGAAAACAAAAGUCGUCUUCAAAGGCUGAAUACAAUUUAACUGCAUGCAAAUGCCUUCUGUGCAAGAGAAAAUAUAGUUCACAAAUAAUGCUGAAAAGGCACAUGCAAAUUGUUCACAAGAUAACUCUUUCUGGAAAGAACUCUAAAAGAGAGAAAGGGCCCAACAAUACUGCCAAUGGAACAGAAAUAAAACUAAAAGUUGAACCAGCAGAUUCUGUAGAACCUUCACCCCCUUCCAUUGCUCUUUCUCCACAGAAUGAAUUAAAGGGAACAAAUCAUUCAAAUGAGAAAAAGAACACACCGUCAGCACAGAAAAAUAAAGUUAAACAGGACUUUGAAAACCCUAAAUCAACCUCUAAGUCAACCACUAAAUCAACCUGUAAAUCAACUACUAAAUCAACUUCUAAGUCAACCAAUGCAUCUGCUGCAGGUGGCCAGCAAAAAACCAGGAAGCCAAAACUUUCAGCUGGCUUUGACUUCAAGCAGCUUUACUGUAAACUCUGUAAACGCCAGUUUACUUCGAAACAGAACUUGACAAAGCACAUUGAAUUACACACAGAUGGAAAUAACAUUUAUGUUAAAUACUACAGGUGUCCUCUCUGCUCUUAUGAAACACGUCGCAAACGUGAUGUGAUAAGGCAUAUAACUGUAGUUCAUAAAAAGUCACCACGCUACCUUGGGAAAAUAACUGCAAGUUUAGAAAUUAGAGCAAUAAAAAAGCCAAUUGAUCUGGUUCUAAAUAAGGUGACAAAAAGAGGCCCUCAGAGGGAUGAAACAAAACAGAUUGGUUCAAAACACGAUGUCACCUCUAAUUCGCCCAAUAAAAAGUAUGAAGGAGCUGAUGUUGGCAUUGAAGUAAAAGUAACAAAAAACUUUUCUCUUCACCGAUGCAAUAAGUGUGGGAAAGCAUUUGCCAGAAAAGCUUUUCUAGAACAUCAUAAGAAAACCCACAAGGCGAAUGUAUCUCAUUCACCUGAAGAAAACAAAACCAAAGGCAGAAGUACGAGAUCUAAAGCUGUUGUCUGAUAGGUUCAAGUGAUGUUCGGAAAAUUUGGAGUUCAUUUGCAUGAAAAAGACUUUAAUGUGGUGUUGGAACUGCUAAUGUCUUGAUAAUGGUACUAUAAGGAGGAAAUAUCUUCAUAAGCUGUUGUUUUCUUACUAAAUUACAUCCAUUCUGACUGCAUGGUGUUAGUGCCUCCUCCCAAAACACUGCUGUAGUUGAAAUGCACUUGUGCUUCUAAAUUAGCAGUUAACUGUGCUUAUCUCUAUACAGUUGAGGUUUGACACGAACUUUCUGAACUUAAAUAACCAAUACAGAGGCAACUUGACAAACAACAGCUUUGGAAGAAGACUUUUGUUCCUCAUUUAGGAAAUCAUCUUCAGAGAGCUCAUCGUACUGUUCCUCCCUGAUAGUGCUAAUUGAUGAACAGCUCUGACUUUUUUUGUGAUAUCCUACUUUGGCAAUUGUUGUUAUAUACUGUUUUAAACUUAUUACGAAUGAAUGUAUAAGAGCAAACAUGUAGUGUAUAUUGGCUGAAUUGUACUAAUUUUUAGUAUUUGCCAUAACAUCAGUUUGUUCAUAUAGACUAAUUUCCCAGUUCUGGGACGUUCUGAAUUUCAUUAUACCACAGUCGCUUCAAAGAUGUCCAUAUUUUUUCCAUGUGUGGUUCGUUGGACAACUUGAUAAACAUCUAGGAUGUUUACAAGAAUAUCCACAUUCCUCUAUUCUUUAUUAUUUUUUAAAAAAAAUUAUACAACAAGCACUUUAAUGAUAGUCGCAGUUUAUUUUUUCAAUUUAUUUUUUGAAAGAUCAACACACUAAUGUUAAUAUGAAGGUAGUGAAUAUUCGUCGAUGUGUUAUAGACAGACAAUCUGUGCACAACCACUUAUAAUGUUAGUUUAUUUCAUUAAAUAUUAAUAAAAAGGGAGGAUAGUAUGAGAGAAACUCCGAGUAAUUUUUCUCUCGAUAUGAUAAAUGACCACUAUAGAUAGCACUUGAAUUUGUAUAAUUUGGAAAAUGUUUUAGAUCCUUUUUAUUUUAACCUUUUAACCAGGACUUUAGGAAAUCUGUUGCAUGCCUGCCAUUAUGGAAUUCUUGGUGGGUUUCGUGCAACAGUGGUUGUUUUGUUUUGAUUUUUUAUUUUAUUUUAUUUUAUUUUAUUUUAUUUUGCAUUUUAGAAAAUAUUUUGUUUAGUGAUUUGUGUCAAAUUGCUACAGUUUGAAAGGUACUGUACAUCAGAAGAAAUACCGUGUUUUUUAUAUAGGUUUACUCCUUUACUUAGGGAGCUGCCUCGUGUUCAUAUAUACUUUUUGUAUAAAAUAUAUCUAAAAUUGUUGAUCACAAGAUCAGGAGUAAAAAUACUUUUAUGGAUAGAGAACUAUUUGGCCCUGUUAGUGCAUUGCACUACAAGUACUGUGAAUGGGAACUGGACCGUAGCUGUUGCUCAAAAUGUUCUAUGUUGAAUGUACAUGCUUUUGUUUGGAUAAAUGUACUGUAUUUGGUUGAAAAUAAAGCAGACUGGAAAUCACUUUUAAGUGUGCACAAACAGAAAGAUGUUUUUGUAAACCUGGAGUAUCUGUCAUUCCACAAUCAGAAAGUACAAUUUUGCAUUUUUUGUAAAGCUUACCAUCUGAUCAUGGAAACUAGUUGUUUGUAAUAUUCAAUUGUAAUAAAUGUUUUUUGUUUUGAUAUUAAAAGUUUGGCACUUGUGGAGUGAAUGUUUCUCCACCUUAUGGUUGACUCUUUGGUACUGACUUUUUGUCGUUUGUAAAGGUAUCUCCUUUUAAAUUAAGCAACGUUUGCUUUUACGAUCCUUUUAAAACAAAAUUGAAUACAGAUAUUGAAGGAGAUGGGCUAUGUGUUUACUUGUUACUAAGAAAAUUGAGUUCUCUAGUUUGCAUUGUGAAUUAUGUUGGUGGCCAGAGAAUGUUAACUCUUUUGUGGUUGGAAUAUAAGAUCUGCCAUAAUUGUUGCUUAUUCUUCUGAAAAGGAAGAACUUGUUGCUUUUUAAGUGCAAUUUAAGUCAUGUUCCUGAAUACCUAUGGGUUAAGAUUAAGAAGUUAAAAAGCCGGAAUAGUGAUGGAAUAACAGUUCGUUUUUCAGCUACAUGUGUGGUUUCUGUGGUCUGUUCUGGAUAUGUGAGCAGUCUGCAUCUUGAAAUUCUAGAAGGUAAAUUUAUAGCUGUUUCAAAGAAGCUUUCUGCAAAAGGAUCUCCAGUUCUGCAUCCAUGUAGAAAAAUCGUUUUGUUCCACUUGAGAUUGUGAGUAGUAUAUUUCCUUUUGAAGAUGUAGCUUAAUAAUUAGCAAUUGUCACACCAUUUUUUUAAAAUUAAAUCUUCCAUUAAGUUAAAUCUGCUGCAAAGCUCUUUUGAUGCAUGAGUCUCCUUUCUGUCUUGUGGAUUAGGUUCACUUUCUUUUUUUUCAUGUAAGGAAAAUGAAUAUGAAUAUGAUAGACCUGUUCAAAUCAGCGAUUUUUAAAAAUAAUCUUUUUGUGUUGCUAUCUUGAAUGGGGGGGACAGGGGGUGUACAGAGGAGGGGGAAAGGAUUGCUGAUUGCUCUUUUUUGACAAACCCUAAAAAUUUGUAAUAGAGCUUUGGAUAUAAUCGAGAUCUUAUGUGGGUACUUACACGUGGGAUUUCAUGUGAACAUAUGAAGAUAUCAGUUCUUAAUUAAGAUGCACUCUUUCAUAGGUUUGCUCAUUGAUAAGACAUGUUGGUUUGGCUUUUGUUGCUUGGAAUACCAAAAGACAAAUGUAAACUGUCCAGUGUGCCUUUGGAAAUAAAGCUGAGUCUUGUUAAAUAGAUUUUUAUUCAGAAUGGAUUUGGCAUACCAUAUGGAGAAUUUUGAGGAUGUUCUAAGCUUUUUGUAUGGAAGAUGUUAUUGAAAAAGAACUUCUUUAAAAAAAAAAAGUAAUUCUUGUGUUUUCUAAUACCAAGGCUUUGAGAGGCUAGCUUAAAUGUCAAAUUGAUGUAAAAUCUUACGUAACCAGCAAGUGAAACUUACACUUGAUGAGACUUGCUGAAGUUCCCAGUCUAGUAGAACAUUGAGUUCUAACUCUAAACCACUUUUUCAUUAGUUAGUCUUCUG